AUGACGGCGACGGGGGGAUCCCGGACCCGGUGCCCCCCGUCCCGGACCCGGUGCCCCCCGCCCGCCGCGGCCGCGACGGAAGUGAUGUCAGAGAAGCGCGCCGGGAGAGCGGCCCCACCGAGCGUUCCCUCGUGUCCCCCCAGCGCUCCUGUCAUUGCGAUACCCCUGUCCUCCUUCACCGUGACCCCCCCCCGCCUGCCGCCGGCCGCCCGCCUGCCCCCGCGCACCUUCCGCAGCUACCUGCCGCGCUCCCACCGCACCUACAGCUGCGUGCACUGCCGGGCGCACCUGGCCCGCCACGAGGAGCUCAUCUCCAAGUCCUUCCAGGGCAGCCACGGCCGUGCCUACCUGUUCAACUCUGUGGUGAACGUGGGGUGCGGCCCGGCUGAGCAGCGGCUGCUGCUGACGGGGCUGCACUCGGUGGCCGACAUCUUCUGCCAGAGCUGCAAGACCACUCUGGGCUGGAAAUACGAACAGGCGUUCGAGAGCAGCCAGAAAUACAAGGAGGGGAAGUUCAUCAUCGAGAUGUCGCACAUGGUGAAGGAGAACGGCUGGGACUGACGCGGGGGCGCAGCUGGGACUUGGGGGGCACCUGGGGGGGGCGUAGGGUGACCCCCUCCUUGGUACC